AUGAAUAGGGAAAAGGUUCUUGUCGCCCCAGACGGCGCCCACAAAGCGGUGUCGCGCUACCCCGAAAAGGCCCAAGUGGCCGUAGACACCCGACCGAUGACGGACGUUGAAAUUCUGCAGCAGUCGUGGUCCAAGAGAGCCAUGAUCGUUGCAUUUGUCGGUCUCUUUGCCACUUCUUUCAUCUGCGCCUUCGUCAAGUACUCUACCAAGGUGUACGAUGCUUACGCGACCAGCGAUUUCUCGAAGCACUCGGCCCUCACGACGGCCAACAUUGUGUACACCAUUACGUCGUUGACCACCUAUCCCAUCAUGGCCAAACUGUCUGAUGUCUUUGGCCGGCCGCAAGGGUUCUUUUUCGCCAUCUCCUUCAUGGUUCUCUCCAUGGUGCUGUACGCAGCUUGUCAGAACAUAGAGACCUACAUUGCUGGCGGCAUCUUCGAGUCUAUCGGCGACACCGGUUUUACCAUCAUGCAGCAAAUUUUCAUCGCCGACACCACCAGCCUCAUCAACCGAGGCUUCUGGUCCUCUCUUCCUGAAUCUGUCGCCGCCAUCCCAACCCUGUAUCUAGGGACCAUCGUCGCCGACGAAGUCCUCGAGAAGUCCACCUGGCGCUGGGGAUACGGCAUGUGGGCCAUCAUCCUACCAGUCGCUGCCGCUCCCCUGAUCACCACCAUGUACUUCUUACAGCGCCGCGCUCUGAAAAACGGCUUCACGCGCAAAAGCAUCUGGACCGGUGAGAUUGCCAACAUGCCUCUCCACAAGCGCAUCGCCCGUCUCGUGUGGGUGGAUCUUGAUAUCCUGGGCGCCGUGCUCAUGGUCGUGGGUCUGGGCCUUGCGCUGAUUCCGCUCUCCUUGACGGGUGCGAGGAACAGCGAGCGGUGGAAGCAGGGCUCGACGAUCGCCAUGCUCGUGGUUGGGGUGGUCGUUCUUGCUGUCUUCUUUCUCUGGGAUGCCAAGCUCGCCAAGACGCCGUUUGUGCCAUUCCGGAUGAUUCGUGAGAGGACCGUCAUCGCCGCUUGUCUGCUGUCGCUACUCGAUUUCUUCCAUUAUUCGACUUUUACCAUCUUCUUUCCAAGUUAUCUUCAGGUCGUGGGCGGGUAUUCACCCGGCCAUGCCAGUCGCAUAGACAACGCCCUGCGUGUCUCCUUCCAAAUCGCCUCGGUCCUCGUCGGCCUGCUGAUGAGAUACACAAAGCGAUCCCAACUUUUCGUCCUCAUCGGCGUCCCAAUAGUCGUGCUCGGCCAGGGGCUUCAGAUCUACUUUGUCAACAAGAAUGGCGAUGGCCCAGCCAAUGAGGUGUGCUUCAUCACGGCCAAGACUCUCGUCGGUGUGGGUCGCGCGUUCUACCAGACUGCCGCGCAGGUUUCCAUCCAAGCAAUCGUUCAGAAGGAAGAUGUCGCUGUCGUCACCAGCGUCUAUUAUGCAUCGAUGAGCGUCGGCGGCGCCAUUGGAACAAGGCACAGACUGACGGAAUAUCUCCCCGGGAACGCCAAAGACAAGGCCCAAUCAAUUUACAAGUCCAUCGUCGUCGCCCAAAAGUUCGACAUGGGCACACCUGUUCGAGCCGCCAUUAACCAAGCGUACCGUGAGACACAGCAGAAGCUCGCGAUCGCCGCCACGGCUGGCCUCGCACCCAUGCUCUUGAUAAUGUUUAUUCUCAAGAACGUCGAUUUAGGGAAAGCGGACGAGGGAAAGGAACCUUCGGAUGGCUCUGUGCAUGACAGCGAAGGUGCUUCCAAGUCGAUUGAUGAUGCAAAGCCGUAG